GACAAUUCGUUUUCCGUAUCCCAAUUGAAUUAGACAAAGCCCAUUGGACUCGGAUUCCAUUUGCCCCGAAAUUGCUAUUGAUAUUUUAAACCACAUAACAAAACCAAUCUACCUUGGUCCAUUUUUCCCCCAAUUCUUCUCCAUCUAUAUACACAUUUGGGGGUCAAUUAAUCCAAUUUCGAAAUCGAUAGACAAGAUGAAUAGCGGAGAUGAAGAAAAGGGUUUAAUAUGGAAGCUACCAAUAGUUAAAUCAAAGCAUUUGGGGAAAAUUGGACCUGGUUUUGGAUUCGGCAUUGGUUGUGGUUUCGGUAUCGGAAUCGGCCUUAUCGGAGGUACUGGUUUUGGUCCGGGACUUCCUGGAUUGCAACUGGGUUUUGGUUUAGGUGCUGGUUGUGGAAUUGGUGUUGGUUUUGGGUAUGCUGUUGGAAGAGGUUAUGCUUAUGAUGAUAAUCGUAGAUACUCUAAUGUCGGUAAGGUUUUCAAUCGCCCUGCGAAUGCAAAUUUUCUUAAUCAGGAUGAAGUAGGUCAAUUGCUUGAUGAGAUUGUUGUGAAUACUAAAAAGUUAAUCAAAGCAACUACACAAGAGUUAGAUAAAUGGAGAAGAUCCUAAUUGUGCCGUUGCGACGGGCUUCACGUCGCGGCGUAAUGUAAUAUUGCUGCUAUGUUAUUAAAUUAGCUAGUGUUCAUCAUUUUCUUUGGUGGUUUCUGUUUAUCAAUAGUUUUCAAAGGAUGUAUUUCGUAUGAAGGAAAAUAUUUUGUUGUC